AUGGCACAGAGGGUCUCAGGGAAGCGGUACGGACAGGCAAUUUUCGAGUUGGCCCAGGAUCAGGGCGCUGUCGAGCAAUGGGGUCAGGACAUGGCUCUUGUGGCCCAGGCGUUCGAGGACGCUGAGUUCGGCGCGCUUCUCAAGCACGCCGGCGUAUCAGCAGAGGACAAGCGCCGCGCCACCGAGGCCGUUCUGGGAGACAUUCGGCCCCUGGUGCGCAAUAUGGUGGACCUGCUGGUGGCCCGGGGAUUGGUGGACGCCGUCCUCGAGGCCUGUCGCGAGUACACUGAGUGGCAGGACCGCCUUGAAGGUCGCCAGCGGGUCGAAGUAACCACUGCAGUUCCGCUCGGGCCUGAAGAGGUUGAACGGAUCACAAAUUUCGUCGCGGAACUCAUCGGCCGCGAGGUGGUGGUCACCCCCCGCGUCGACGAGGAAAUCCUCGGUGGGCUGGUCAUCCAGAUUGGAGACCGUCUGCUCGACGGCAGCGCCAGAGCUCGCCUGAACGGGUUGCGCGAGCGCCUCAACGCUGGCAUACGCUAA